CGGACGAUGGAGAAGUUUCCUGGGAGGUGGGAGGGAGGACAUAAAAAACCCUGUCGUGCUGAGUAGGUUCCUCCUUUUCCGUUUCCGGUCGCCGUAGCGAGAAGAGGGAUUUGGCACAAUGUCUGCCCAUCUGCAGUGGAUGAUAGUGCGCAACUGCUCAAGUUUCCUUAUCAAAAGAAACAAGCAAACAUACAGCACGGAACCCAACAACCUUAAAGCCCGCAACUCUUUCCGCUACAAUGGGCUGAUUCAUCGCAAGACCGUUGGGGUGGAGCCUGCUGCUGACCAGAAGGGCAUCGUUGUAGUCCUCAAGAAGCGUGCAGGCCAGCGGAAACCAGCCACCUCCUAUGAGAAGAUCACCAUCAACAAAAAUGCACGUGCUACUCUCAGCAGCCUUCGCCACAUCAUCCGCAAGAACAACUAUCGCAAGGACCUGCGCAUGGCUGCCCUGCGUCGUGCCAGUGCAAUUCUGCGCAGCCAGAAGCCAGUGGUGGUGAAGAAGAAGCGGACCCGGGCUACUAAGACUGCAUAAACAGUUGCCAAAUUAUCUAAUAAAGGAUUAGAACCAGAA